AUGAGUGAUCUUAGUUACACCGACAUGUUAAACGCAGUUUCUUCUCGAUUGCCAGGUGAUACUGGUUUCAGUGAAUUAUUACGAUCAGCGGAACGAUUAUCCGCUGCCGUAGAAGGUAAUGAAGAACUUCCGCAAGUUGAAAGAAACCUUCGUCAAAUCUUAGAAGCUUCCAACGAAUUGUGGUCUCGUGUCACGCAAACCGGCACUCAAGAUAAUCAAGUUCAGGCACACCUUCUACUUGGCUCACGUGGUGUUGAUUUACCUCAGAUAUCACAGAAAUUGAAUUCACUUAGUGCAAGACGUACAUUUGAACCCUUAGAUCCUAUUGCAGACACAAAUAUAGUUAGUUACCUCAGAAAUGAAAAGGAGAAUGCUAUUUUAUCAAUCAUUGAACAAGUUCACAAAGAUACAUUUGAACUUACCAGAGUUCAACAAAUGGAACAUAUGUUGGGUGAAUGGAAACAAAUGCGGUUUGAAAUAAUAAAUGCUAUGACAGCUCCAUCUGGGGAGCUUGUAGAUUUACGUGGGACCCCACAACGUACUAAAUUAGCUGGCUCUAUGGUCAGUGGUUUAUCCAGUGUAGAAGUAGCUUAUGUGAAAGAGUUACAAAACUAUAAUGAUCAUGUACUUAGAGGAAUAACUAGACCAAAUUUGUUUAAUGCAUUUUGUAAAGCAGCAAAGACAUUUAAUGAUACAAAGAUUGUAGAUAUUUGGCAAAUGGUUAAAUGUAUGGUGGACAUUCCACCUAUUCCUAAGGAAGACCAAAUUAAAUCAAGGAGUACUGCUGCUGUUGAGCAGGAAAUUGUAUUACAUGCAAGGAAAUACUUGGAAAAUAGAUAUAGAGAUUUUAUGACUUCUGUUAUUAGUGAGAACUUGGCCCAAGCAAAAAGGGGUGGUAUUCCAGGCACUGUGCCAUUAGUUAAAAGUUUUGUUUUUGUCAAAGUAAAAAAUCUAAGGGAACUAGAUGAUGUUAUGGUUGAGGGUGAACCAUUGUGGCUUUUAAUCUAUUAUUGUAUGAGAGUUGGUGAUUACAAGGCAGCAUUGCAGUGCCUGAAUCAGUGCAACACAGAAUUUCCAGAAUUUAAAGUUGCAUUAGAAGAAGCUUGCAAUGAUCCUCAAAGACAUCCCAGUAGUUAUGCAGAAUCAAACUUGAAAUUGCACUAUAGAAAACAUGUUAAAUCAGUUACUGAUCCAUAUAAAAGAGUUUCAUACUGUGCAUUAGUUCCUUGUGAACCUGAUGACUUGCAUUCUGAUGUAAUUUGCACUGCUGAUGAUUAUUUAUGGCUAAAACUAUGUCAAGUUAGAGAUCAGCCAGAUGCAGAGAAUAAACUAACUUUAGAUUAUUUGCAAACUACAAUAUCAGAGAUAUAUGGAGAAUCAUAUUACCAUGCUCAUGAACAACCAUUUGUAUAUUUUUCCAUGUUAUUUUUAACUGGUCAGUUCGAAGCUGCAAUUGAAUUUUUGGCAAGAGGUGCAGGAGCCAGACACCUGCCACAUGCUGUGCAUUUAGCAGCUGCCAUGCACGAACACAACUUAUUAGGAGUUAGUCAAAGUGUUUUAGCACCAUUGAUAAGCGUUGAUCCCUCUGAUAAACCUCCCGCAAAAAGAUUAAACUUUGCUAGAUUAAUAUUACUGUACGUCAAAAGAUUUGAUUCCACGGAUCCAAAAGAAUGUUUGCAUUAUUUAUUCUUAUUAAGAUGGAUGAAAGAUCCACAUGAUCGUAACAUGUUCGCCGCUUCAGCUGCUGAAAUGGUAGUUGAUGCUUCUCUAGCAAAUAGAAUACAAUUGGUUGGAAAAAUAGAAAAGGAUCGCUGGGUUCCCGGAAUUUUAGAUCAGUUCCAGAUUAAUACAGAGGACGUAAUAAAUAUAAGUGCGGAUACAUUAUAUAGAAAAGGUCUUUUAGAAGAUGCUAUAAUGAUGUAUGAUCUCGCUGGUAAUCACGAGAAAGUUCUUAGUUUAAUGUGCACGCUUUUGGCACAAGUAGUUAGUCAAACGGUUUCACAGGGUUCGCUGAGAUCUCGAUUGCAGGUUACUGCUACUGAGAUAAGUACAAGGUAUCAAAAUAUCGAGAUACAAGCACCAUCUGAGUUAGUAUCUGCAUUUUACACUUUAAGGCAUCUAAUGGUGUUCUUUGAUCAAUUUCACAAUGAACAAUAUCAGAGUGCUCUUAGGACUAUCGCAGAAUCAAAGUUGCUACCGCUACAUAUAAAGGAAGUCGACGAAAGAGUAAAUGCAUUACGACGUGUGCCACCAGAAGUAGCUGGUACAUUAGCAGACGUCCUUUUAGCCACAAUGACGAUUCUCUAUCGUCAGUAUCAGAAGUUAAAAUCAGUAGAAACGGGUGAUGAAGAAGCAAGGAAACAACAAUUACUUGACCUUCGGGAACAAGCACGAGCAUUGACUAGUUUCGCAGGAACGCUUCCAUAUCGCAUGCCCAAUGAAACAAACAGCAAACUUGUACAAAUGGAAAUUCUUAUGUGCUGA